GAAGUUGUUGACGCGGCGCCACAGUCACUUCCUCUUCGAAAUAAGCCGUGGAAGAUUGACCGUGGUUUGUUUUCACAUUUGGGACAAAUCCACAAUCAUCCGCCUUUUGAGUAUUUAUUUUUACUCAGAAUUAGUUGUAACAUAAUAAAAAAUGCCCCCAAAGUUUGAUCCAAACGAAGUUAAACUCGUUUACCUUAGAUGUGUCGGUGGUGAGGUUGGUGCCACAUCUUCCUUGGCCCCAAAAAUCGGUCCUUUGGGUUUGUCUCCCAAAAAAGUCGGUGAUGACAUCGCUAAAGGCACCGCUGAUUGGAAGGGUCUUAAGAUAACAGUUCAACUUAAGAUCCAAAACCGUCAAGCCACUAUUUCUGUUGUUCCAUCGGCCGCCAGUUUGAUUAUUAAAGCCUUGAAAGAGCCACCAAGAGACAGGAAGAAGCAAAAGAACAUUAAGCACAGUGGCAACAUUACUUUGGACGAUGUUAUCAGCAUUGCUAGACAAAUGAGGCCAAGAUCAAUGGCUAAAAAUCUGUCUGGAACAGUUAAGGAAGUUUUAGGUACUGCCCAGUCUGUAGGUUGCACCAUAGAUGGGAAGCUCCCACAUGACGUUAUUGACGAAGUGAAUGAUGGCUCUGUAGAAAUACCUGAAGAGUAAAUUUUAUAAAAUAAACUUUUCUGAUACA